AUGGCGCCGGUAUUUCACUCGCCGGCUGCCCCGCGAAAUGCGCCGAGCUUUGUUUUUGGGAGGCCAACCCAACCCCAGUUCAACAACGAACCCGAUGUCAUCGAAAUCGAUGACGAUGAUGACGACGAGCAGGUCGGCGACAAUGAAAAUAGUGUUGAUGAUAUGGAACAAGAUGAGAGUGACAACGUUGAAGACGAUGAAGAAGUAACUGGAGAAGACGAAGAAAGCAAUGUCGACAACGAUGAGGAAGAAGAGGAGGAGGAAGAGAGAGAAGAAGAACUUACCGUAGAGUCACUUGGAAAAGUCAAUGGUAUUGACUCUACGGACAUUUUCAACACAAGGACUUUACAGAGUAGUCCAGGUAUUCAAGAAGCACUGCAUCCCUUGCGACACACAGCCGACCGCGUUACCCGCCAAAUGCAAGCCUUUGCAGAGAAGCUUGACAAAUUCAAGCAGCAGGAUCGUGAUCAAGAUGCUACUUACCAGGCCGCCUACUCUCUGAUUAAAAGCUAUCAUCAGAACGCCUCAGACGCAAUCAAAGAUGCAUCCCGUCAAAGCACAAUUCAGAAGGCCAAGAUGGGUUGGAACACGAGCCGUGUGGCAGAUCAACCAGACGCAAAAAGCAAAGAAGAUCUGCGACGAUUACAGCUUGAGGUUGACACUUGGGAUCUGUUCCUCAAUCUAAUCGCUUUAGAUGAACCCACAGCACAAGCUCACUGCAAAGAAGCACAAAAAUCUGUAUUCCAAAAUCUACACCGCUAUUCCACAGACAAGGAAAUCUGGCUCCAAUUCUUAGACGCUGAUAAGUAUGCCGCAGAGUGUGCGAUGGUUUUGCGGUGGCUCGAGGUCAAGGCAAAAUCAUCGUCCCAGCAUCUGGAUGCCAUGAUUGCAAAUUUGGAAGCUCAGGCAGAUAGAGGUAGCGGGUUGUGGGCUCACGGUUGGCUGUACACCAAGGAAUCCAUUAAAGGUCAGAAACGACUACGGGCAUGGCCACAGCCGCUAGAGCCGGGUUCCCCGGGCCUGCUGGCCUCCUUACUGGAUUCUGACAACAAAGAACCUUUGAUCACUCAACUCGACCCAGAUGCUGUCAUUCGUCAGAAGCACGGAUUGCAGAAACAGGACAAGUUCUACGAAGAAGCUACUUGGUUGACUUGCUGGAAGAUGCUCAGACAGGGUGAGACCUGGGAAAAAAUUCAAGAAUGGUCUCAAGAGCGUCUUGAAGGUUGGCGCGCGGUGAGUCUUUGUGGCUCGAGGGUCGAAGAUCAGUCAUCAGGUACAAAAAAGCAAGUGGGUGAUAGCAUGACGCGCAUGAUGAAUUGCCAGUCGCAGGAUACAUGGCGAGCGGCGUGCUCCGCUCUCGCUCGGAACCCAAACACAGGUGAUUAUGAAAAGGCCGUGUAUGCCCUGCUUAGUGGCGAGACAGAACCGGCAUAUCAUGUGUGUCAAAGCUGGGAUGAUUACCUCUAUGUCUUCUACAAUAACAUCCUACUCUCGCGCUAUCGAGAAUUCUGCUCUCAAUUUUCCAGAAAGCUCAGCCAUUCUCCUCUGGCGAGUGUGCCUUUUGUUCCUGGGCCAAUGGAUUACAAUGCUAUUAAAAGGUUUUUGGAUAGCUUGAAAUCGCAUGAAUCCGUUGGCAUGGAAGCUCGCAACCCUUAUUCGACAAUACAAGCAGCAAUUUUAGGGAGGAACUUCGAUUCGUUCUUCCUUUCGAUGGCGGAUGCAGCAUCAGAGAGCAACAAGGCUUUGCUUAACGAGUCUUUGGUGCCAGAUAUCCUAGCAACAGGCGUUGAUAGCUCAGCACUUAUCGCGGUUCGAGACAAGGACGCAUUGCGCAUCAUAAGUCAUAUGUACAUCGUCACGCAGAGGUUGUCAUAUACUCGGUCUGACGCACAUUUCUCCGAGAAAGGUGCGUUGAAUGUGAUGGCUUAUGCCGAAAAUUUGCAUCAAGCUGGGCUCACGGAUUGGAUUCCGCUUUACGCAUCCUUCAUGCCACCCCAAUUGGCCCCGAAAGUCGUUGUGCGGGUACUGAUCGACAUCAAAGAAACUCGAGACCAGGACCGAAUGUCCAAUCUCUUGGAGAGACACGGUAUUGAUAUGUCGGCAGUUCAGAUAGCUCUUGCGAAGUACAUCGUUGCCAAAGCACCAAAGUCAGAAAAGCGUACCGUCACCUUUGAUCAUAAAAUCAGGCGUGAUAAGGCGAAGGGGGUCGUGAUUUUACUGCCACCUAGCAAAAAGUUUACUGGAGAAAUUAUGAGUGCUAAGAUCGAGGGAGUGAUCCGUUGCGUUGAAUGGCUUACAUUUCUUAAAGCAAAGUGGGGAACUAUAUGCGCCUCAAUGGAGUUUCUUUACAAGAGGCUUUUCGGUAACGGCAUGCUCCUGGAAGCCAGAGAGCUCAGUGAGAGAUUACCUCUGUCUGAGCUAUCACAAAAAGUCCUUGGGUAUGAUAUACGCUCGAGUGCAUUCUUUGAUGACCUCUCUCUGGUAGACGACAAUUCAGUGCUCCGUAGUCCGACAAAGAGUCCUUCAAAGAGUUCACGGUUUCGCCGCCCUCAGACUGAGGAUGAACGGCACGAACGAUACAAUGAAGCUCUUGUUCUGAUUGACCUGGAAUUUGUUAUCUGGUCAUACGUUGCUUUGGAUGAUUUCAGGGAAGCAUGGGAGCAUCUCGAACUGUAUGUUGCUUUGCGUUCUUCUCGUCGCUUUUAGGCUCUUGCUAACAUGCUUUUUUCUAAUCACAAGGCUUAGGAACUCCGUGGAGCCAGAUGACAUGCAGAUCGAAAUGCUUUCGGCGCGUCUACAAGAAUGCAUUGAAAAUGCAACCGAGCAUGUAGAAUCGUUGGUUGACAGAGAAUGCGGUGUGCUUACUACACCACCGAAGAACGGUGAUAUGAAGCCAUUGCUUUACAUUCGAAACACCUACUUCCCAGACAUCAUUCUAAAUUAUCUCAGCGCUCUGUACUAUGCCAGUCUGAAACUCGAUCGCCGUUUGUUGACCCGAAAUAUGGAGUUGGCGAUUGCACUUGCAGAGGACACCCACAUCCUUGGUUGCUUCCAGCAUACGCGCCGCAUGAGAGAGUUGGCGGAUGCCAUGGCUUUGGCGUCAGUAGCAAUAGUGAACGCUCCUGCCGAAGCGAAGAUCAGGAAGAAGGCAGAUGGGCCUGCUCACCUCGGUAUCUGGAAUGUCGAGGUGGCGGAGAAUCACGAUUAGCGUUAGUAGGAUCUUGAGUGAGGUAGUUUUGUCACAUUGUACGGAGUACUUGUGCUUGGGUUUCUUCCGUAAAAGUGAGUCUUACACGGAACAUAGGGAGAAUCAUUGUAUUAAAUGUACGGACGGAAAAAAAAUCUAUCAUAAC